AGUUUCCGACAUGUGUCCGCAGGGAAUCUGAGAAAAAGAUUGAUUAAUAGAUCCGGAAGAAGGAAAAAGGGAAGAGAUUGGGAAGGGCUAACCUAAAAAAGUUUCCCUAGCAAAAUUCGAUUGGUGAACGACGAUGAUCUCCGAUCUUCCAAGGGAUUUGGCAGAGGAGGUGCUCUUUAGGAUUCCGGUGACAUCUCUGAGAGGAGUGCGAUCGACAUGCAAAAAGUGGAACACUUUAUCCAAAGAUGGGUCCUUUACAAGAAGGCACAUCGGCAAAGAAGAAGCAAAGAAGAAGCAGAGGAAGGCGUUUCAUGUGGUGAUGAUGCUCAAUUACAGGGUCUCUUUAUUCAGCGUCAAUCUCCGCUCUCCUACUCGUAUAAAGCGUGUAGGUCAACUUAUUAGCAUGGAGGAUGCAGAUCGAGUCGGCAUAUCCAAUAUCUUUCACUGCGAUGGUUUAUUGUUAUGCACACCCACCAAAGAAGACAUAUCUAGGCUUGUUGUUUGGAACCCUUGUUCAAGUCAAACAUGGUCGGUCCAACCUAGAAACUCUUUCAACAUAUGGGACAGGUACGCUCUUGGCUACGACGAGCUGAAGAAGAACCACAAAGUCUUGAGAUUUGUGGAUGUAUACGACUACAAAAACAUGUGUACCCAACUUCGUGAGUUUGAAAUUUACAGUUUUGGCUCUAAUUCAUGGAAGGUUCUUGAUGUCAAUCCGGACUGGGAUAUAGAAUUUGUUCACCGUGGCUUGUCUCUACAGGGUAACACUUACUGGUUUGCCCGUGACAAGGUUUUCCCAGCAGGAGGAGAUCAUUCUUAUUUCUUACUCUGUUUUGACUUCACCACUGAGAGAUUUGGACCGCGUCUGCCUCUGCCGUUUCACCCUUUCGUUCGAGAUACUGUAGCUCUAUCUAGUGUUGGGGAAAAACAGCUUGCCGUGUUGUUUCAGCGAUGCUCAUCUCCAUAUACCUUGAAGAUAUGGAUUAGCAGCAAGAUUGAGCCUAAUGCAGUUUCGUGGAACAAGUCCUUCUUAAAGGUUGAUAUGAAACCUUACACCGGUUAUUCCUUCUGUUUUACGGGUGGGAGUUUCUUCGUUGACGAGAGGAAGAAGGUGGCCGUGGUUCUUGAUAAGAACGUAGGUAGCUGUAACCCCACUCGUAACAUAGCUCACAUCAUUGGAAAGAAGGGCUACUUUAAGAAAGUUGAUCUUGGCAAAUCUAGGCACCGACUUUGCUGGCCACUUGGGUGCUCUUAUGUUCCGAGCUCUGUGCAAAUCAACCAGAACACAGCCUAAUCUAUUAUUGUCUUUAUCUUCGAUUUUAUUAUUAAUUGACCAACAUAGACUGCUGCUUUCUUUGUUUUGUUCAUCCUGUUAUAACUUUUAUUAUAUCCAUCGGAUUUGCGUUUCAGUAUACUGUCAUGUGUGGUCUUGUU